CGGAGACUUCAGGCCGGUCAGUCAGCCCAUCGCCUUGCAAGGCGGAGGCUCCCGCAGCCAAGAGGCAAGCCCGCUUCGCCAGCCUGCCGCCCUUCCGAUGCGAGGGCCUGCAACUCCCACCACCUCUCCUGUGCCAGAACGUCGGAAGCUGCAGCGAAAGGCCCCGGGAGGGACGGCUGCGCCAAGAGGGUGGUCAGCCGGGAGGAGCGCAAAGCGGGCGAAGGGCGGGCUCUUGGUGCGUUUGUCAGGCCCGAUUCGAGGCUGCCGCCGCCUUUUCCUCCAGCGCGGCCCUCCUGGGCAGGAAAAGCGAAGGCCCAGCGCAGGAUCGGGGGCCCCGCGGCCAAGCCAGCUCCGCACUUUUGUGUGGCCGAAGACGGCGGCGGCAGCGGGGCAGGAGCCCAGCAAAGAAAGGAGGCGACUUGCCUUGCCCUGCUCCCCUCUCCUUUUUCCCUCCCUACCUGGAGGCCCGGAAGAGUCUUGCGGCCUAGUAGUCCCGUCCGAUCCUCGGCCUCAAGUAGCGCGCGCAGCACCAGCGGCGAGGAGAGUUUACAUUCUCAUAAGUCUACGGGCGCCUCCGGAUGACGCCAGCCUGCCCGAGUGGGGCAGCAUUUCUGCGCAGGCGCGGUGGACCAUCCGUCCAUCCUUCUUUUGGGGCCAUGGUGGCGGAAGUGCCGAGCGGGUCACGGCAGCAGCGGCCAUGAGCGGGAUGGCCGGCCUCGUGGGCUACAGCAGCUCCGGCUCGGAAGACGAGGACGACAUCUCGGGGUGCACAGGGGGAGCGCAGGGGGAAGGCAGCAGUGACGGCGGCGCAGGGGCGGCGUUGGGACCGACGGGCCGCCGCUCUCCCCGCGUCAGCACAACAGCUCCUCGCCUGCCCAUACCAGACAGCGUGCUAAGUAUGUUCAAAGACCAGGAGGAUGCGGAGGCAGUGGUGGAUGACAGCAGCAAACAUGGAGGCCGCCUGCGGACCUUCCCCCAUGAACGAGGCAACUGGGCUACGCAUGUCUACAUGCCUUAUGAGGCUACGGAGGACUUCCUUGACCUGCUCCAGCUUGUCCUCUCGCACGCACACACAUAUGUGCCUUCACUGACAGCAGUGGCAGAAUUCCACAUCAGCCUCUCUCAAGGUGUGAUCCUGCGCUACCACUGGAUAAGUCCUUUUGUCCAGUCCCUCAAGGAACACCUGGCUUCCUUCCCCAGGUUCACCUGCAGAGCAGACCAAGUGAAGGUUUACACCAACCAGACCAAAAGCAGGACCUUCAUUGGCUUGGAGGUCGCUUCUGGACAUUCUCAGGUCUUGGAGCUGGUUUCUGAAGUGGACAGAGUUAUGGAGGAAUUUAAUCUGCCAUCUUUCUACAAGAAUCCCUCAUUUCAUCUCAGCCUUGCAUGGUGUGUUGGAAACCUUGCUGAAGAACUUGAAGGGCAGUGUCUUCAGGAGUUGCAGGAGAUUGUGGAUGGGUUUGAGGACUCUUCAUACCUUCUGCGAAUUCCUGGGGCCGAAGUCCGUUGCAAGUCUGGCAAGAAGGUUUUCUCCUUCCCUCUGCAGUAGGAGCCAGGAGCAGCAGCAGCUAACUGGAUGGGUGUUACCAGCCCUUUCACCAUCAUGUGAUGAAUGGUCAGAAGCCACCACUGGAUUUAUGCGGGAUCCCAAAUGAUAUUUUUGGCUCGACAGUAGAAUGAGUGGCAGCCUCCUCAAGCUCAUAGCUAAGGGUUGGUUUGCCUUUGAGGGCAUUGCAAGUGUUGGUGGCUCCAAGGGCUUUGGUCAAGUGUUACAAGAGAUACUCCAUUAAGAACUGUAGUUUCGUGCCAGUGCUAUUGGGGAGUUGCGACAUAUGAAAAUGUAAUUCAGUCCUGAGGCACAGUUGAAAAUGAUGCUCUGUUUGAUGUGGACAACGUCUGAGGAGAAUCUCUCCUGAUCUGGAGGAUGACAGAAUUCUCUUCCCAUGAGAAGCUUCAGAUAUUCUGCCUCUCCCUAAAGCUGAUAUCUCAAGAGACAUUGGGCUCCAAAGCAUACUUGCUGCUUGGGAGCAAUAAGCCUCCUGGCUGUCAGGCUGAUCUGUUAACUAAAACCUGAUCAAAUGAGAAACAGAAGUAGAUAUAUUUUUGUGUGGACGGGUUCAGAAGCCACAAGACAUGUAUUCCAGCUGGGUGGGGGGAGGGGAGAAAGAGUGUUAGGUUUAAAAUGGUAUUGUUGUCAAGCCACCAGAUAACCACCAGGGGUCAGUGUUGAAUUGGCUUUUCUGUCAUCACUUAUGUUCUGUGUUGCAUAAUGGUUUAACUGCCAUGUUUUUAAAAAAUUUUAAAUUGGGUUUUAAAAUGUUUUUAAAAGAUAUGCUUUAAAUUUGUAUAUUUGUUUUUAAUGUUUUUAGUUACCGUAAACCGCCCACAGAGCUUCGGCUAUGGGAUGGGAUACAAAUACAAUAAAUAUAAAUAAAUAAAUAAAUGUCUCCCUCCCCACCCCGUGCUGGCUGGCGCUGAUAGGAAUUGUAGUCCAAAACAUCUGGAGGGCACCAGGUCCUUCCAUAAGGUGUCGAUAAAGAUAUAUCUCAGGGAAUUUUCAACAUACUCAAAAGGCCACUAUUUCCAGAAUUUUGUGGGGGAAACUGGUUUAAGUGCAUCGUAGAGGAAGAGCUGUCUUAGUGGUGGCUGAUUAGGUCCGACAAUAUUAAAAUGUUUUUAUAGCGAUCAAUAAAUCUGCAAAGUUUUGAAUUAAGUUUUAUAUCACUGUUAUGAUCUGUCUUGGAAUUUUCAAUGAAAAGCUGUAUUAAAGUUUUAAAUACAGUUUACUGUUAUUGAA